UAAAGAGAAAAUUGUGCAGUACAGAUUGUUUCCAUUCAGAGCUAAAAUACCAGAGAAAAAAUGGCGCCCAAAGCAGGAAAGAAGCCCGCGGAGAAGAAGCCUGCUGAGAAACCCGUAACAGAGGAAACAAAGGAGGUAACUGAAACUGUUUCAGAAAAGGCUCCCUCUGAGAAGAAGCCUAAGGGUAAAGCCCCUUCAAAGGCUGCCAAGAAGGGCCCCAAGGCUGCUGGUGACAAGAAGAAGAGGAAGAAGAGGAGCGUGGAGACUUACAAGAUCUACAUUUUUAAGGUCCUCAAGCAGGUUCAUCCUGAGAUCGGCAUCUCCAGUAAGGCCAUGUCCAUCAUGAACUCUUUCAUGAAUGACAUUUUUGAGAAAUUGGCAGGGGAAUCUUCAAAGCUCGUUAAAUACACAAAGAGGGAUACUCUUUCCUCGCGGGAGGUGCAGACGGCUGUUAAAUUAGCUCUUCCCGGUGAGCUCGCAAAGCACGCAGUUUCGGAGGGGACCAAGGCCGUUACUAAAUUUACCUCUGGUUGAUUUAUUGAAUGUUUGCAUUCGGUUAUUUGACGGCGUCCGGAUAGUUAUGUAAUUUCUAUUUUCAGAUAUAUCGUUUUCUUGAAUUGAAAAUGAGCGGAUGGUUUUUUUUUAGUAUGUAGCGUUUUUUGAUAGGGUAUUAUAAUAGUAUCAUUUUGGCUUAUACCGUACAUUGUUUUUCACGGACGGCGUUUGCAAUGUGAUCUUUGGAACAUUAUUCAUGGCAUCAUGGCCCGAUAGUGUUUUCGUUUUUGGGGUUUACUGUGUAUAAAAUCGAUGGUGCAUUUGCUUUA